AUGCAACCGACGGCGAUGCUCCCGAAACUUACGGAGACCACACAAACUAUAUCCUUCUCUGAAGGAGAAGAUGGAUGCAAUAUGACAGGCGAGGUGUACGCCACUGACGUAGUGGUAACCACAAACGCUGGCACACACAGUCAUGGCAGUUCCAAGGUGAAGCUUAAAAGUCUGGUGGACUACAACUGGGAACCGCGUCUGUACUCCGGACAAUUGCUAGCUGUACACCUUAGCGGAAAAUACUUGGCUUACUGCAUCAAGGCACCAAAUGCUAUGAACCCUGGGACAUGGUGUGGUAUGGUGCGAGUGGUAUACAAUCCAGAGCCUGGAUCUGAUAGACGUGCACUCAUUAAGGGCAUGAAAGGGGAGGUGCAAGAUUUGGCCUUUGCUCACAUCCAGAGCGAAGUGGUGUUGGCUUGUAUUGACGAACAGGGCAAUUUCUAUGUCCAUGAGAUAGAAGUCACAGAUAGUGGCCUGAGAUGCACGUUGCUGGUGGAAAUCCGCGAGGACACUGGAGCGGGCGGCGGAGUGCACCGCGUGGUGUGGUGCCCGUACAUCCCAGACGAUGAUGACGAUUCUCCCGACGACGACGUCGCCAGGUUGCUGCUCACUACGCAUAGUAAUAUCGCUCGCAUGUGGAACAUCCGCGCCGUGGCGUCCCGCGCCAGCGGCGGCGAGUGGCGCGGCGCGGCCAGCGCGCUGCUGGCGGGGCAGGCGGGGGGCGCGGGCGGGGGGCUGGCCCUGGCCGCCGCCGAGCACGCGGCCCCCGUCGUCGACGCCGCCUUCUCGCCCGACGGCACCGCGCUCGCCACCGCCUCCGCCGACGGAUACGUCAUGUUCUUCCAGGUAUACAUGGCGAGCGAAGGCAGCCCGCGGUGCCUGCAUAAAUGGCAACCGCAUGGUGGCAAGCCACUCUCCUGCCUCUUCUUCCUCGACAACCACAAGAACUACAAUACCGACGUUCAAUUUUGGAAAUUCGCGGUAACCGGCGCGGAGAACAACACAGUUAUCAAAAUCUGGUCGUGCAAAUCCUGGAACUGUCUCCAGACCAUCACGUUUACGCCGAGCAUUGGCGCCGAGUCCACGACUCUAGGUCUCAAAGCCAUGUUGGACACAAGCGCGAGCUAUUUGCUGGUCUCGGACUUUAGAGCGAGAAGCCUGUACGUACUGAACAUGGCGCGAGACAAGGACGACACCAUGGCGUACUGCAAAAACAUCGCCGAGUUUCUAUUGCCUUACCCCGUACUGAGUUUCUGUAUUAUUGAUGCCGGUGAGUGGUCAUAUUUAUACAUUUUGUUUCCUACCUUACGAGCUGGUGCCCGCGACUUCGUCUGCCCGACGCAGGCGACUGAGCCAGUGCUGUCCGCAGAGGAGGAGGCGGCCACGUGCGGCGCGCUGUGCGAGGCCGCGUUCCUGCGCAACGGCUCGGAGGGCGGCGCGUCGCCCGCGGCGUCGCCGUGCGCGUCCCCCGCGCCGCCGCCCGCCGCCGCGCGCCUGCGCCUGUACAUCGUGCAGCCCAAGGGGCUGCAGGAGGGCGAGCUCGUCUACUGCCCCCCCAAGGCGCACGACCUGCACCGCGACCUGCUGCAUGAUCUGUCCGAACUGAACCUCGAGGACGCGGGGUGCGAGGGCAGCGGGGGCGGGGGCGGCGACAUGGCGCUGCAGUCUAGCAUCUUGCAGCAGCAGAGCGCGCAGCUGAAGAGCCUGCUGCUGCGCAGCCAGACGCAGCCCGGCAGCCUCAUGGCCCGGGCCGAUUCGCCGCCCGCGCCGCUCAACCUCAUGACCCCCGACGCCUUCAGUGUUACUUGUUGGGAUGUGCAGAUGCAGGUGGCUCAAAUCCAGUCGCUGAUGUCGGGCGGGGACGUGAAUGGCGCGUUCCAGCUGGCGCUGUCGGCAGCGGACCUGUCGCUGGUGGUCGCUGCGUGCAGAGGGGCUGACCCCGCGCGCGUCUUCAAUCCACUCUGCCAGCUCAAGCAGCACGUGCUGUUGUCGCUGGUACAGCAGCUAGCCGCCGACCUGCGCAACGACACCGACACUCUGCUCAAACACAGGUACCUAGAAGAAGCGGUAAUGAACUUGGACACAACGAAUCCGGUGACCAGGGAGCACCUACCGGGUGUGGUUCGCGAGCUACAAAAGCAGAUUAUGGCGUUCCUCGCCAGCAACCCUCAGCACGCUCUGACGCGGCAGUUCAAGAUGCUGCUGAUGGCGACCGAGUCGCUGGUGAAGACCGUUUGACCCGGGGCUGCCACCUUACUGCCCGCCCCUCAUUUGUGCCCCUGCGAGCACCACCUUCGUGCUUUUUAGCGUCUAGUCACAGUAGACACUUCUGUGAUUCUCGCGUACCGGACAGUGCGAUACGACACUCAGUGAUUCCUCGUUUAGUGAUUACGUUGUUAGUGAUAAGUGAUAUUGCGGUUGACGUGUUAUGUGCAAAAACUUUUUUGUUAUAGCAAGCAAUAGGUAAUGUUCUAAGAAACAAGUAUCCAAAAGUGCCGAAAUGAUUAUGCGGUCUGAUACGUAACUUACAGUCGGUAGUACAGACAAUACCUAUGUCUGGAGAAUUGACAAAUGAAUCAUACCGUCUGUACGUGUUUUGGAAAUAGAGGCGAAAAAAGUGUGAUAAGUAGUGCACAGGUGCAAUAAUCAACUCUAUGCUUAUAAAGAUACGAGUCACUGCCUGUAUUUAUAAGUCAGUAAAUAACAAACAAACAUGUGCCUCACUUCUGUCUUAAGGUAUACUCAAAUGUUUAAGGAUUACGCUGCACAUGCUUUUUAUUAAAAUUACAUUUAUGAACACUCACAAAAUGCUCACAAUAAAAUGUCUACAUCCACCAUUACAAUUUUUCUAACUGUAGUUUUUCGUUGUGACUUAAUGCAUUAAAUUAAAUAUUGUAAAUAACACAUGUGGAAUAGUAAUAUUACCUCUGUUCAUUUGCACGUUGACAAACUGGGUAGAAACACGAUAAAAGAACUUUUAUGAAACGGUAAGUUGUAUCUUAGCAAAGAUGCUAACACCAAUUUCCGGUGCUGUAGGUUGAUAUUAUUAAAUGUAACAGUUAUACAUAUAAGAUAACUUUUAAAUGUAUAAAGUGUCGACAUAUGUUUACAGUAACGUGAGAAGUCAAAUUGGGAGUUAGAUAACAUCUUUGGUCAUAAGUAUUGGUUAGUUUCGUAGUGUCUCAUGUAAAUUCUAACUGACAUGACGUUUCAAAAAAGGUUAUGAAAAAGACAUUCCUUAUCAAUUGAUGUAACUCCUAGUUCUGAAGCGCCGCUGCCACUGCGACGCCGCAGUUGUGGUCGCCCUUGACACCAAUGCUCUACUAAUGUACGAUUUUAGUUGGUCCCGUAGCAUGGGCUGCAGUCGCACCGCUGGUGCUGUAGUACGACGCCGCAGUUUCUGCGGCGGCAAAAGACGCCAUGUGUAAUCACCCUUUAUGUUUGUCGAAAACGUCGAUUAAAGAUAUUGGUAGAUCGCUCAAAAGGUGGCACCGUCGUAAGAAGACCACUGAUAUGCCUUCAUUCCUUGGUGACCACGCGAAUCACUUGCAAUGCGCAUUUAAAAAUCGCAAAAUCUACAUUAAAAAUAUUUAAAAAAGAUGAAGAAUCGUACUUAUAGCAAUUAUAUCAUCUUAAACUUCGUUUUAGUUUAAGGGAUUUUAAACGUAUUUUUUCAAGUUAUCUAAUCUUUUAUCUAUCCGUUUUACUCUCGCGGGCGACGGUAAUUAUUGAAACGAUACGGCACUUCAGCUGCGUCGUGAGCGCAACAUUAAGUGUGAGGCCAGACGAGCGUAAUUUGUGAGUUGUGAGUUGCGUUUUAUGGAUUUCGCACUUUGCGCUGCAUUCGGUUUCAUAUAAAAGUACGGUUUGUUUCACACGACGAUGCAAAAUGAGUUAUAUAUAGGGAAGGGGUCUCUUUGGUAUAGGCUGCGCAUGAGUAUAGAUGUUUCUUGCGAAAAUGUUUGCUACGGAAAUUAAAAAAUAAGUAAUUAAAUAACUUAAUUGAUUGAUAUUAUUAGUCUUUCCUCUGGCCUGAUUGAUUGUCUCAUAUUUGUAUCUGACUUAGCAAUAAAAGGUUUUACUAGGCUUAAUAAUUCUUGAAAAACAUUUAUUGGCAUGUGGUAGUACUUAACAAAUUGAUCUGGAUGUUCACAUAAACUUGUGUAUAAUAUUAUGAAACUGUCACACUUUAAUCGUUUCAUAUUGAGUGGAUGUACCCAGCUUCUUUUUCUUUUUCGAACAUCGUCUUCUAACGCUUCAUAAAUGCAUACUAUUUUUAAUGGAUCCAUUACACUAUUACGACACAAACACCCCGUAUAAACGCUUAAAAGCAAUUGAAUAAAACACGUUCGUCUGGCGCUCCAACCGAAUUUCGGUCGAGCGCAAAAAAAACGCAACUCACAAAAUAACGCUCGUCUGUCCUCACAUUAAGCGUCAAAAUGAUGUAACUCACAUUAUCCAGUAAUUAAUUUGUACUUUCUUUCAUAUUUGUACGAUUCAUUACACUGUACUCUUUUUUAGAUAUCUUGUUUCAUUUGUGGAUAUCAUUUUUAUUACCCUUUCCAUCAUCCAAGACAAAAGGUAAUAUGGAGAAAUUUGCACAGAUUAAUUAUUAUUAUUACGACACUGUUAAUAAUAUAUUAAGAUCUAUAUCAGAGCGAAUUAUAUCACACGUUAGGAAUACUUGCAAAAUAAGCAAAGAGGUAUACACUUAUAUAAGCAAUUGUUGAAGCGAAGAUAAUGUGUGGGUUUGAUUUAUGUGGAAUCGUGCAUCUACCAAUAUAUUUGAUCAAAGGUUGAAAGCUACAUUUUCGGGCCAUUCAAGACGAGUGAAUGGGUAUUUACUGGACAAACAUUUCAUGUCUCGAGCUGUAGAUAUUGGCAUUGUCAUGACAUACUUACUGAAAUAUGCUGCUCUGAAAAAGUCAGCGGCGUUUCAAAAAAUGUUCCAUUUAGUUACAUAAAUAUGGACAUCGCAAAAUUGGUGUUCUGAUCUGAUUUUAGAAUAACGCGUCUAUUUGUAAAUGUACGAUUGAUAGCUAAAACCUGACAGUAAUAGUACUUGUGCUAUCGGACAUAGCUAUUAUCAGUUCAUUAAAACAUUAUCACCUCUAAAACGUUAUCAAUUUAAGUAAUUGAAUUCGUUACCAAUGUUAUUAAAUGAGUCAUACAUAACCUGUAAAAAAAUUUUGCUUUUAGAUGAUAAUUCCUAUUAAACUUACUAAAUUGUUUUGAGUUUUUUAAAAUAAAUUAAAUUUUAUUUGUUCUUUUUUUGUUAUUGCAGAGGAAUUCAUUAUUGCUCUUUCCUGUGAUAAUUGAUAACUUGAUAACUUUAUUAAGAAAAUCGACAAGUAUUUUUUUUUCUUCUAUUAUUGUAUUUCAAAUGUUUCGUUGUCUUUAUAUGUAUGUAUAGUUGAGGGUUGCAAAUGCCUUGACGACCUUGCAGGAACAAUAGGAUAGUAUAAACUUAUAGUUUGCUACAUUAUAAUCUGUUCUAGAGAUUUCAC